AUGAAAAUGUUUACGUUUCAGAUGCGACGGCAAGCUCGGAUCUCAGCUGGCGGCGCGCUCGUCGUGCGCACCGCCUCUGCCUUGCAAGUAUGGUUGUGGUUGCUGAUCUUCAUAUUCCAGAACGAAUUUCGAAUAUCAAGGAGUAUAAAACCCGGGUACUUGGACUUCGAUAAUCUACCCGAAACGAAUUUCACAUGUGCAGGGAAAGUAAUAGGAGGUUACUACGCCGACCUGGAAACCUCUUGCCAGAUGUUCCACGUGUGCACUGUCGGUCAACAGGAUGAGCCCAUGGAUAUAAAGUUCCUGUGCUUAAAUGGCACUGUCUUUGAUCAGGAGACACGAGUGUGUGAAAGAGUAGAUGAAGUAGAUUGUACAAAGUCUGAAAAGUUUUACAGUUUAAAUUUAGAAUUAUACGGCAGCACUGCACCGCCAAUAAUACAGCCCGAUCAAAAUAAACCUUUAGCGCAGCCAACGGAACAAACACAGCAGCAUGCUAAACCUAGUAAUGAACCAAACACUGACCCAACAACUGGCAUUUCGCCUACGACUGUGACUGAUAAAACACAAGGGCACUCGACAGAAGUCGCCGAUUCUACGGAGGAUCCAAUCCAGGAUACAAAAAAAGAUGAACAUAAACAACAAUUGACUGCUCAAUACGAUCCAUCAGAACCAUCAUUAAUAGUACAUGAUGAACUAAAUGAAGAAUAUCAAGAAGACGAUGAAAAUGAGGAAUAUGAAGAGGAUUACGUAAACUCUCCAUCAACAACCACUACUACUGCACCAACAACUGUCACAGCGUCACCGACAACCACAACAAAGCAGUUUCCAACUACAACAUUGCCUGCUGUUACAUUAUCCCUACGUCCCUCGCCAUUACCUAAUUUGUUAUCUUCUCCAUCACCAGCCGUCUCUUCUCUAUCGCCACCCGCAUAUUCGUCAAUACCAUCCUCAGUGUCACCUAUGCCAACGUUAGAUCCUUCACUUCUUUCUCCUCAAGAAUUUAUUUACCGACACCAAGGACCAGGCUCAGAAGCAAUAUCUUUUCAAAGACAUAGCAAUCGCCCUGCUGACGGUGUAUAUAUAACACAUGCUCCUCCUCAGCAGUUUGAUCACUUUCAAUACGAAUCAUCUCGAACAGCACCACGACCUGCAGCUCCUCGACCAUCAUCGUUUCCUCAACGGCCACAACCUGCACCGUUUCGACCCACAACAUUAGAUCCGAGAGACCAGCUUCUCAAACCAGGUCCAACGUUUCAAUCUUCUGAGAGACAUGAAACUGCAAUAAAACACAAUCCAUCUCCGUAUCCACCACCUUUGCCAGCUCAAAGACCACUGCCGUUUAAUCCCUUUUAUUAUGAUCGAAAAAGAAGCGAUGACGUAGUCAUACAAGAAAAGUCUGCUUUAUCAGCUCGAUCAGUUUCACCACCAAUAGUAACUGACCGACCUACAAACAAACCAAAAAGUCCACCGCGUGUUAUAGUGACUGCUAGUGCAUCUGUUAGUGAUAGUAAUGGGAAAAGACUAAAUUAUACCGUUGGUAAUGUCGUGAGUGCAGUGAAACCAAUAGUUCCGAUAAAUUAUGAUGACUAUAAAGAAUCAGAUUUAAUAUUUGAUCCAUUCUUUCUUGAUGUGCCAAAACUCCAAAGUCGACGUAAAGUUAGGUCAAAUAAACAUAGACAAAUUAUCGCUGUUCCUUCCACUGGAACCAUAACACCUGAUACAACUUCAGAAAACUCUGUCAUAACAAAAUCACCGGUAACAUCACGAGCUACCACAACUGAAAGAUCAAUUGCAAUGCCUUCUACAAAACCUACGACGAUAGCUUGGAAUCCUAAUGACUACGUAGACGACAAUUACGAGCCUCACGCUUAUGUGCCUUCGAUUCCACCACUUGCGAUUUUAAUAUCCAAUGAUGACAAUAAACAGAGGAAACCAGAAAGACCUUCAAUCAAGGAACUGGUCGAAGAGAAAGCUCGUCAGGAAAACAAGUCGGAGGUUGGUCGUACAGAGCAGCCGUAUAGGCCGACGCAGUCUGCGCUGCAGACAAGUUCUAGUCAAAGUGCGGGCACGGAUAUUACCCCGCCGCCCCCGCCACCGCCGUUGCCUCUCGAGGCCCCCGCCUGCGCCACCUCGCGCUCCAUUGAUUGUCGGACCCACGCUUAA